AUGUGGAAUAGCCAACUGGCUGGGUUUUUACUUCUAAUCGAAUACUUAGCACGUUUUACGGUUUAUUCACAAGAUAUUUUACUUCUUCAUGAUAAUACAAAUUCGACUAUUGACGGAUAUUCUAUCCUGAGGAAGGACGCGCUGCCGACAUGGACGAAUCAGCAAUUGAUAGUGUGUUUUAUUAGUGUUUCACUUGGUACUCUAUUGUUCUUUAUUACAUUCAUUGUUCCAGCGAUGAUUAUUGUACGUCGUGCUCGACGAGAUAAAUAUCGUUUUGAUCUCCGAGAACUACGACGUAUGAGUGAUUUUGUGUAA